GCACCCGCGCACCCGCGCGUCGCUGCCGCCGGCGUGGGCCGAGAGGGGGCGGAGCUGGGCGGCUCGGCCGGCAAUCCGGGCCGCCUGCCUGCUGGGCCGGGUGGAGACCCGGCGUGGGGUCCAGGUCGCCCGGAGCCGCGGGCUGCCUUCAGUCGGCUUCACCGCCGAGCCUAAGUGAAGGGGCUCGGGAAGCGCCCAGGAGGGCGCUGGGGCUCUGGAGGGAGCUUCGCGGACGCGAACCCGGGCCCCGCUCGCCAUGGGGGAGGUGGAGAUCUCGGCCCGGGCCUACGUGAAGAUGUGCCUGCACGCCGCCCGGUACCCUCACGCCGCGGUCAACGGCUUGUUACUGGCGCCGGCGCCGCGGCCCGGGGAGUGCCUGUGCCUCACCGACUGUGUGCCCCUGUUCCACAGUCACCUGGCCCUUUCCGUCAUGCUGGAGGUCGCCCUCAACCAGGUGGAUGUGUGGGGCGCGCAGGCCGGUCUGGUAGUGGCUGGGUACUACCAUGCCAAUGCAGCUCUGGACGACCAGAGCCCUGGGCCCCUGGCCUUGAAAAUUGCUGGGCGGAUUGCAGAAUUCUUCCCGGAUGCAGUACUUAUUAUGUUGGAUAAUCAGAAAUUGGUGCCUCAGCCUCAUGUGCCCCCAGUCAUCGUACUGGAGAACCACAGUCUCCGCUGGGUCCCCAAGGACAAGAAUUUAGUGAUGUGGAGGGACUGGGAAGAGUCACGGCAGAUGGUGGGAGCACUACUACAGGGUCGAGCCUAUCAGCACCUUGUAGAUUUUGACUGCCACCUUGAUGACAUCCGACAGGAUUGGACCAACCAGCAACUCAACACUCAAAUCAGCCAGUGGGUUGGUCCCACCAAUGGAAAUACCUGAUGAGGGUUGGGGUGAGGGGUUGAGUUGGGCAGGGGUCAGAAUCCAAUAAACAGACUUGGGCUGA